AUGCCCUCCAGCGAUCAGAACCCAGCGGCCACGCCCGCGUCGGGCACCGCCGAACCGGCGCCGCCGGGCAGGCCGACGGCGGUGUCGUCUCAGGUACUAGACAUGGGCGCGCAGCUGGUGCAGGCGCUGAAGCCGGUGCGUCAGAUGAAGCAGCACGCGUGCAGCUUCGCGCUGGACGCCCACGACCUGCGCCGCCAGCUCGAGGUGCACCACUUAGUUUCCCGGCUCAACCAGGACGUCCUCCAGUGCGCCGUCUACGACUCCGACGAGCCCUCCGCCCGGCUCAUCGGCGUGGAGUACAUCGUGUCGGACACCAUCUUCGAGAGCCUGCCCCCGGAGGAGAAGAGGCUGUGGCACUCGCACGCGUACGAGGUGAAGGCUGGGUUGCGGACCGACGUCGGCGUGCGGGAGGCGCUGCAGAGUUCGGAGACGGCCAGAUUGAGCAAGACGUACGGCAAGUUCUGGUGCACCUGGCAGGUGGACCGCGGCGAUCAGCUGCCCCUCAGCGCGCCAGCCCUCAUGGUGUCGCCGCAGGCCACAGAGCCGGGCCGCGUGUGCGCCGAGCUAGUGCGCGGCCGCGACGAGAGGUACAGGGUGGACAGCUCAGCGGGAGGGCUGAAGGCGGACAGGGUGGAGAUGGACGAACCGGAGUGGAUCAACCCGAACGCCGACUACUGGCUGCACGGCAUGGGGUUCGCGGUGGACGUCGUGCCAUGUUUUUUUUUUCUUGGCAGGUAA